AUGAAUUACAAUUAUUGCAUAAUUAAUAACAAGGACAAAUUGAAAUAAAUUGUGAAAAUGUCGAGAAAAAUUUGCCAGUCUACGGCUUUCUUGGCUACCAGAUAUUUAUCAAAUAUUUAUAAAAACAAUUACAAUAAUUUAAUACUAAGGAACUUCAUAGUUCAUUGUCCAAAUAAAUUUAAAUACAUUGGUAGUCAAAACUCUCAAAACAGAAAUUAUUGUACCAAUAAUCAAGUUAAAAUUGCUGAAUAUGAAGAAAUUAAAGAACUACCAACGCAUCCUGAGAAGUUAUUAAUUGAUGUACGGGAAGCCAUAGAAUUGAGCGAAACUGGCAAGAUACCUACAAGCAUAAAUAUUCCAUUGGGAAUUGUAACUGAAGAAUUAUCGAAUUCUGAUCCUGGACAAUUCAAAGCAAAAUAUGGACGCGAUAAACCACGGAAAUGUACUGAAAUUAUAUUUUCUUGCAAGUCAGGAGUACGCGCUCAAAAAGCUGCAGAAGCCGCUUUAAGCAUAGGCUAUAAAAAUAUUAAAAACUAUAAAGGUUCCUGGUUGGAUUGGAAUAAACAUGAAAAUCCGAAUCAAUAAAUCAAAAAUAUUAAAUAAGGCACGCUGCCACGAUGAGUGAUGAUUGUAAAAUAAAAUCUUAAAUAUAUUUCUAAUAGGAAAUAUGUAAUUAUGAAAGAGAUAAUUUAAUUACUUCAAUAUUGUAU